AAUAGUAAUACUGAAAUCAACAAACCGUUCUUUUUUCGGUAUCGAGGUUGUUCGACAGAUGAUUAGAAGAACUGAAUUAUUUUAAAUCUAGUGCGUUGUGUGCUUUAGAAGCUCUAUAUGGAAUAUACGACUGACUAUGAUUGAUUUUUCUCUGACUAUCUCUAGGGGAAUAAUACGUUGCCGGUGUGGGUGCCGCCGAACGGAUAAUGAUGUAACCAUGAACUGAUUGAUGUAACAAAGCUGACUGAUCGAAACUGAUUGGGGCAACGAGUGUGGGGUGAAUCCCAGUGAGAACCAUGUUCACCGCUCGGCUCAGCGGCCACAGUAUCAUGGCCAUUUGUGUUGUAAUGUUUUCCAUGGUGCCCAAAUGCUCGAUGAGUAUUCGUUAUAUGCAACCGGAAAAUUGCACAUGGGAACCGCUAUCGGAUACAGCUGGUGUAUCCAUGAUAUGCAAAGUACGCACCCUACAGAAUGGAGCCACUGUGACAAAUUUCUCGCUAAUUACUCCAGGCCAAACGGUACACCUAACUAUCUACUGUGAGGAUUUGUUAUUUUUAAGUGAAAUUGGUAGUAACUCACUGGAACAUCUGCGGGGCCUUAAGCGGCUACGCAUCGAACGUUGCAAGCUCGACAGGCUGCCCCCGAACACAUUUAAGGGACUGUCCGGCCUCGAGCAGCUAACUGUGAGGUCGUAUAAUACGAAAUGGGGUCGGUUCUCCCUCAAAGUGCCAUCGUCGACGUUAGCGCCUCUAACCAGCGUUGAAUCAGUUGAUUUUAGUGAAAAUAAUAUCGAAAUACUGCCACCGGGGCUGUUUUGCGGACAUCGUCAGCUCGAGUUUGUAAACCUGACAAAUAAUGGAUUUUCGGAAGUUGCCAACAUUGGUUUUGCUUCUGCUUCAUUGUGUACGCCAACCGUUCGUACCGUGGACUUGGCAUAUAACAAGAUCAACGUUUUACCCGAACUCGGUUUUAGCACACUCGGUGUUUUACAAGAGCUGCGUUUAAGCCAUAAUCAGAUUGUCAGGAUGGAGCCUUUCGCACUUGCAGGCCUUGUCAAACUUGAACGUCUCGAUUUAGCUCAUAAUAUAUUACUUGCCUUACCGGCCGCACUGUUUCAGUCUACACCGAAGCUGUCUGAGUUGUAUUUGCGUAACAAUUCAUUAAGUGCACUGCCACCUGGUUUGUUCAGUGGACUGAACAAAUUAACUGUCCUUGAUCUAGGACACAACCAACUUUCAGCACUCGAAUGGCUAGGAGCUCUUGAUAACAGAAUAACGGAAAGCCAUCUUCCAGAGCUUAGUGUAGUCGACUUAAGCUUUAACCGGCUCACGCGGUUAUAUCCGAACGCGUUUCAUAGCCUAAUCAGCUUGCAAGUGCUUCAGCUGCAAAACAACCUCAUCGAAUCUAUUGCUGAUAACACAUUUGCCCCCCUUGACAAUCUUCAAACGUUAACACUGAGCAACAAUCGGCUUAAAAGCAUCGGUCGUCAUACAAUGGCUGGACUUUCCGUCGUGAUGACACUUCAGCUUGACAACAACUGGCUUGAGGCCAUUCAUGCUGAUGCUUUUAAGAAUGUUUCAAUGCUACAGGAGCUUAAUCUCGCUGGGAACAUGUUAACGACCGUUCCGCGUGCUGUUGCGUCUCUUCACAAGUUACGCUCCCUCGAUUUGUCUGAUAACGACAUUGGGAAUGUAGGCAACGCUUCGUAUGAAGGACUGAAUCAGCUACAUGCACUCAAUCUGAUGGGCAACAAAAUCGGAAAUAUUACCUUGGGCACAUUCGAUAAUCUUCCCUCGGUACGUGUUCUUAAUCUAGCCCGAAAUGAUAUACAAUCAAUCGAGCACGAAGCCUUUGAUGAUAUGCCAGGACUUCAUUAUCUACGACUUGAUUCGAAUCUUAUCGAAGACAUUAAUGGUCUAUUCAGUAAUCUACAGGAUCUCAUUAUGCUCAACGUGUCAGUGAAUCGUAUACGCUGGUUUGAUUACGCUAUCAUUCCCAUAGGUUUACAGUGGCUUGAUAUUCACGAUAACAUGAUAGAAGUAUUGGGGAACUUUUUUGAACUUGAACAAAACCUCAAACUUCGAACGUUAGACGCCUCCUUUAACAAACUGACGGAGCUCGAUUCAUCGUCAUUGCCAAAUGGCAUCGAAAUCGUUUUUCUAAGAAACAACAACCUCAAACGAAUACAGCCAUUUACAUUUCUGGGCAAGCAAAACUUAACACGAGUCGAUUUAACUAAUAACCAUUUAGAAAUACUUGAAAUAACGACAUUUCGACUUAGCGAAGUGCCAUCGCGUCGGCCCCUGCCGGAGUUCGCCAUCACAAACAACCCGUACUUGUGUGAUUGCCACAUGGAAUGGUUACAGCAUCUGCAGAAUCUCGAUGAAAUGAGUAGCGAGGAUUCACGCCAUUAUCCGCGGAUCAUUGAUCUGUACGACGUCCAAUGUAGGCUCAGCUUCACAAAAAUGGACGCUUCACAAACCUUGCCAGUACUGAAAGUAAAACCAUCCCAGUUCCUCUGCGAAUAUAAGAGUCAUUGUUUUUCGCUUUGUCACUGCUGUGACUUUGAUGCAUGCGAUUGUGAAAUGGUCUGUUCUAACAACUGCAUCUGCCUUCAUGACCAAUCGUGGAGCACCAACAUUGUCGAGUGCAGCGGGCGUAAUCACAGCGACAGCCCUAAGCUGCUUCCAAUGGAUGUGAGUGAAGUGUACUUGGAUGGUAACAAUAUUCCUUUUCUAACGCCGCAUUCGUUCAUUGGCCGUAAAAGCAUGGAGGUGCUAGUUUUGAACAAUUCGAAUAUCGUUACUAUCCAAAAUAGCACCUUCUCUGGCCUACCACGGUUACGGGUUCUGCGGCUUGAUUAUAACAAGAUAGCUACAUUACAUGGACGUGAGUUCGACGGACUUUCAAGCCUUAGGGAGCUAUACUUGUCCAAUAACAAACUGAAACAUCUAAGCAACAUCACAUUUUUUCACCUUCGGAGCCUGCAAGUUCUUCAUCUCAACCAAAAUUUACUUGUCGAAAUUUCAGUAUGGGCCUUUCAACACAAUCCAGCGCUGACUGACUUGCGCCUAGCUGGCAACCCGUGGUCCUGUAAUUGUUAUUUUAUGCAAGACCUUGCAAAGUUCAUUCAAGAGAGCGGUAAUGGCGUGCAAGAUAUAUCGCAAAUAUCCUGCUUAUUCAAUGAAACAACGGUUCUUCCUCUAUGGGAACUUAACAUGACCGAAUGCCACAGCCCUUCGCAGGCGACUUCUCUGGUUCGACAUUUCCACUUACGACGCAUCGAUAAUAUCCUACCAAUGAUCAUCGUAUUAGGCGCACUCUUGGUGCUUUUCGGUGCUUUACUGAUCGCUGUGGUGAUGUACCGACACAAGAUGAGCGUCUGGUUCUUCAGUCAUUAUGGAGUGCGAAUUUUUCAACGAGCGCACCACAUUCAAGAAGAGAAACUGUUUGACGCAUUCGUAUCAUAUAGCAAAAAAGACGAAGCGUUCGUAGCGCAAGUACUUGCUCCGGAGUUAGAGUGUGGAACUCCUGCAUACCGCCUCUGUCUGCAUUAUCGGGACCUAUCAAUGGUUGGCGGCUAUCUGAGUGAAGCGGUUCAGGAAGCUGUCGAAUGCUCACGUCGAACGAUCGUUAUCCUAUCAGAAAAUUUCCUUAAGAGCGAAUGGUGCCGCUAUGAGUUCAAAUCGGCCCAUAGCGAAGUGCUGAAUAGUAACCACAAACUUGUCGUCAUCUUUGUUGGCCGGGUGUCCUUCCGUGAGCUCGAUCCUGAUAUUCGAAGGUGGAUCAAACAUAGCACUUUUUUGCAUUGGGGCGAGAAGAAUUUUUGGGACAAGUUGCGUUACGCGAUGCCGGCGGAGGCAAGGCAUCGAAAGCCGACCGGGACAAUGCGUUCAGAUGUAGCCUCCGUCGCCGUACACAUUUGACACGGAGAGCGGGCGCUGCAAACGACGUCACGGCACGCGACCCCUCAAAGAACUUUGCUGCCCCUCUUGCACGUGCCUGCAUCUUCUUCCCACAUCGAUCUCAGUAGUGCAGCCAGCGACUCAUGGCACAAACCAGCGGUCAGUGCGACUCACCUGGCCCAGAGGUCCUACUACCACCGAGGCACACUUCCUCACUGUGUGCAGACCAUGACAACAACAACAACAACUCUGCCCGUAGUUUCGACACUCGCACGAAAUGAACCCUUGUUACAACGCGCGCGUCUCUGUGAUAACAACGACAUCAACCUAUACAAUGAUAUUCAUGAGACCACGGCAACUGAAGCUGUUUAUGAGAGUUUAAAAGAUAUAGGAGAAACUAGGUAAAUCAAAUGCAACGGAACGAUAGAACAGUCAGCGAAAGAAAACACGUAAGCGGAAGGAAGAGAGAGAGCUCGUACCUGGUGCGUAAGAAUCAAUGCGGUCAGACAUGUGAUGUAAGCAUGGGACGCAGCGACUCGACCCAUCCGACCAUAACACCGUUUAAAUCAGUGUAGACUUGAAGGACAAGAUCUAGAAGGGCGCACGUCGUCUAAUGGGUGUGAAGCAAACUGUCAGAUAAUUUAUGUAAAAGUUGAGUAAUAUUUUUUUUAAUCGUUAUUCAUUGAAGCCAGACGAAAAUAUAGAAAAAUCGAUUGUACAUAUGCACUGUAAAUACACCUGUUGCGAGAAAACCUCGUCGAAAGUGAGCACAAAUGCUAUUCAAGAGUGCAGACCAGACUAAGAAAAUAAUUUAUUAAGGUAAAGGUUGGCAGACCGGGCUGUUGUCAUAACCGAAACGACGUCCCACUGCUGUGACUCUUCAUUGUGAUAACUUAAGCUCUUCACUUAACAGAACAUUUUCGUUUUCUAUCUGCGAAUAUGUGUUCAACAAGAAAUUUCAGCAGAUGCGCCGGAAGACCCUUUCUUGCAUCUGAAUCGGCUUAAAAUAGUUCUUCUGUUUUAAAACAAAGUAUUCUGCGACAAAAUAAAACAGUCUAAGUCGGCAGACUAUUAACACUCUUCAAUAAAAAAAACGGCUCAUCCAUUCCAAGCUUUUAUUCCUUUUGAUCUCCUUAGCAACACCGUGUUUCCUAUCGAAUUUACCAGCAAACAAAACAAACCUAUAUAUAUAUAUAUAUAUAUAUAUAUACGGAACUCUGAAACGAAUAUUGCUUUCCGAAAAAAAUUACAUAAAAAUUAAGAUAUCUUUGCAUGUUCAGUGGACAUUCUUAUUAUAAGUGAAACAUUUAUUUUUACAAAAUUUUGGUUAUAUAUAAAUGCGUCGGAUUUUUUAGGUUGGUUCCAUACCCGCAUGUAAAAAAAUGUGCACAUAUCUGACAGUACUCAAAUUUAACUUCAAACGUUUUACCCAAUACGAAUAAUUGUUUUGUGCCUUUUUUUAAAUCCACCAAUAUCAGAGAUGUUCUUUUUAAAAAUGUUUCAUAUUAUUAUUAUAUUGCGCUAUUUGAAUUAAUAAAGAUACUACUAGCAGAAUCUCGAUACUUCGUCUCGCGUAUAAAAAACACUGCCCAGUUUCCAAGGUGAACUUUUUUCACAAACAGUUAUUAAAAACGUCAAAAUAAUUAUGCACACACAUACGUAGAGGGGAUCACGCACAAUAAAACUGCGCCCCUUAAUAACAACGAUCAUAACCAUAAACUCAUAAGAAAUAUGGAUGUAAAUAAUGUACGAGUGAGCCGGGCCAGUGAUGAUACAACUGCGAAUGCAGGUAAAAGCUGCGGGCAGCAAUUGCGGAGUAAAAGAAAGAAAGAUUGAAAAGCCUUUCGAUGUGUUCUCAUUGACAAAAGAAAAAUAAAAUAGGAAUGCUAUGGAAAAAAUGA